AUGGAGUUGGGACCCGACGGCAAGGACUUGGCGUUGGGACCUGACGGCAAGGACUUGGAGUUGGGACCCGACGGCAAGGUGGACCCCGAAACGGAGAGCAACAAGCCGCCCUCCACCGCCAGGGCCGAAUCCCAUCUUCUGGCAUCCAUCGACGCCAAGGCCGAGCGUGCGCUAGUCUGGAAGUUCGACCUGCGCCUGCUGCCCGUGCUGGCCGCAAUGUACCUGUUCAACAGUCUCGACAAGUCCAACCUGGGUAACGCCAAGAGCCACCUCGAGGUGGCGCUGGGCCUGGUCGACAACCAGUACAACAUCCUGCUCUCAGUCUUCUUUGUCCCCUACGUCCUGACGGCGCCGUUCCUGGGCCUUCUCGGCAAGAAGUACGGCCCCAGCCGCGUGCUCCCGUGCAUGAUGUUCGUGUUUGGCUCCGCCACCUUGCUGGUCGUCGCGACGCACAACUUUGCUGGCAUCAUGACGCUGCGCUGGUUCCUCGGCAUGAGCGAGAGCGCCUUCUUCCCGCUGGUUAUUUACUACCAGACCAUGUUUUACCGCCGUGGUGAGCUCGCCCGCCGGCUUGCCAUCUUCUACGCGGCGCAGAGCAUUGCGUCGGCCUUUGGCGGGCUGCUGUCGUUUGGCGUGUUCCAGAUCCAGGGCGGGGCGUUGGAGCCGUGGCGGUACCUGUUCGUGAUCGAGGGGUCCUGCACAGUGCUGUUCUCGCUGUUCGCAUUCUGGUAUCUCCCGCGGUCGGCAUCCGAGGCGCGCUUCCUCGACGACGCCGAGCGGCAGCUGGCGUACCAGCGCAUGGCCCUCGAUUCGUCCAGCACGGUCAACGAGAAGCUCAACAUCCGCGAGUCGCUGACCAUCCUCAAGCUGCCGACGUCGUGGCUCAUCCUGGCCAUCCAAAUGUGUCUCGGCGUGCCGCUGCAGAGCGUGACGCUGUUCCUGCCCCAGAUCGUCGGGCGGCUCGGCUACGACACGGCCAAGACCAACCUGUAUACCGUAGCGCCCAACGUGUCGGGCGCCGUCAUGCUGCUGAUUCUGGCGUUUGCGAGCGACGGGACGCGGCUGCGGUUCCCGUUCGUCGCGCUGGGCUUCCUGUUUACGUUUAUCGGCAUGGUCAUCUACGCCGCCAUUGACGUGUCGUCGGAGCUGCAGGUGGCCUACUUCGCCAGCUUCAUGAUGACCUGGGGCACUUCGGCGCCCAGCGUGCUGCUCGACGUGCUGUACAACAACAACAUUGCCCACGAGGGCAAGCGCGUCGUGCUUACCAGCAUCGGCGUGCCCGUGGCCAACAUGAUGGGCGUCGUCAGCUCCAACAUCUUCCGGAACCAGGACGCCCCACGCUACCUGCCCGCCCUGGCCACGACGGCCGCGUUCGGGGGCCUGGGGCUGGUGCUGACCCUGCUGUUUGGCGCAUACAUGAUCACCGACAACAAGCUGAGAGACAGGAAGCAGGGCGUCAAGGUGAACCCAAUAGACGUGCCGACCGAGAAGCUGAGAGACGGGCCGGCCUCCCCAGACUUUCGGUGGUGUCUCUGA